AUGCGUGGGAAACAGGGAGCGAGAGGAGGAGGAAACAUGGUAACUGGCGGAACGGGAAACAGUGGUAAUUCAUCGGGUUUAGACGAAGAAGAAGACGAAUACGUUGCGAGCGUUAAAGCAAGACCACCUACCCCCAUCGGAAUAACCGGCGGUGGGUUUUGGUUGGCCGCGGUUCAAGCAUCCGCUACCGGUCCUCCCCACGGUACUCAUCCAAUGGAAACCGGGUUACAUAUGGAUCACAUUCCUACAGCCGAAACCGGGUUUAUAAAUUCUCAGCCUUCAAUGGCUGAAUUCAUGACGGCUUUGCCCCACAUAAGCGGAGACAUACAAAGGUCUAUGAGUCCGCCACCGGGAAACUAUCCAAUGAGUGAACCUAUAUCCGGACAACAAUCUCAAUCCGGAGUUAAUGUACCGGAAUAUCCUUGGAUGAAGGAAAAAAAAACAUCCCGAAAGAGUAAUCAACAAGGUUUAUCUGUCAGCAUGAAAAAUUUGAUGGGAUGCAAAAUGUUGUGA